CGCUGUUUUUGUUGCUGCCGCCGCCGUUGUUGUUGUUGUUCAUACUUCUCUGGUAGCCGAAGUCUCAACUCAGUUUGCUACCGAGCGUUCGUCGGAUGAUAUUGCAAAGCAUCUGAGUCGCCGAGUCGCAGAGGUCUGAGCACUUUGCAGAACUGCUUAACAUCAGUCUUUAGUGAUAGCUCGCGCUUCUUGCUCGCACGCUCGAUCGCACGUCGUCGUCGUCGUUGCGUCGUCUUACGUCCCAGAUGUUACGUUGUUUUGGCCGCCGCUAAAAAUCAGCACAUGCAAAUUUGGCUGAAAAAAGCACACAAUUAAAUGGAAUAAAAUAAAACUAUAACACAUAAAUAAUAAAAAAUGAGUAAAAGAUUAUAAAUAAAAUUCAGUCUGUAAUAAUGUAUCAGCAGCGUUAAAAAGCGGCAAACGAAAGCGGAAAAUAAAGAAAUACAGGGCAAGUGCGCGUGCGCAGCCAGGAGUGCCCUUACACAAAGGUGUGGUCACUCUAUAAAAAAAAAACACAGCAAAAGUAAAGAAAACAUAAAGAAACAAAAAAAUAAAUAAAGUCACAACGAAGUUUAUGAUUAAAAGUAAACAAAUAAAAAUUUAAAUAGCCUGAAAACUUUUAUUUAAAUUAAAAAAUUCGAAAUUUGUAUUAAAGAAAUCUGCCUUUUGUGAUAUAUACCCCGCUAAAAACAAAAACACAUACUCACGAAUACCCAAAAGAUACAUGGCUAGAUAUAUAUUAAACAUGCUUCACGCUCGCCUAAAGUUCUAAAAGUCAAGUGCAAUUUGAGCAAAAACAGCAACAACUCUAUACGCUCAAGUGACGUUUUAUUGGCGCAAGGUGAACAAAAAAUAAUAGCAAUCCGAAAACCAAAAACAACAACGGAAAACACACGAAAAUACACAAAACCUUAAACGGAAAGUUCACAAUGUUAGGAAAAGCAAACCCUAAGUGCGCAACAAAAUAGAAACACUGAGCAAAUAAAUUGGAUUAACUUGAUCGGCUGAUCAGCCAGCAAAAGCAGUCCUUCCGGUUGAGCCCUUUGAGCUCAGCGAAACCCGAUUUCCACGAUGAUGAAUCAGGAUAAUCCAUAUGCGAUGAAUCAGACGUGCAAGGUGUGUGGAGAGCCCGCGGCUGGAUUUCAUUUCGGUGCCUUCACUUGCGAGGGUUGCAAGUCCUUCUUCGGUCGGUCGUACAACAACCUGUCGUCGAUCUCGGACUGCAAGAACAACGGCGAGUGCAUCAUCAACAAGAAGAACCGCACUGCCUGCAAGGCGUGCCGCCUGAAGAAGUGCCUCAUGGUGGGCAUGUCGAAGAGUGGAUCGCGCUACGGCCGCCGCUCCAACUGGUUCAAGAUCCACUGCCUGCUGCAGGAGCAGCAGCAGCAGGCGGUGGCGGCGAUGGCGGCGCACCACAACAGCCAGCAGGUGGGUGGUGGUGGCAGCUCCAGUGGAUCGGCCGGUGGUGCCGGCAUGCCCAACGGUGUGAAGGGCAUGGGCGGUGUUCCGCCACCGGCGGCGGCGGCAGCGGCCCUCGGAAUGCUGGGUCAUCCGGGUGGCUAUCCGGGUCUCUAUGCCGUGGCCAAUGCCGGUGGCUCUGUGCGGAGCAAGGAGGAGCUAAUGAUGCUGGGACUGGACGGUAGUGGGGAAUACGGAUCGCUUAAACAUCCUGUGGUUGCCUCGCCCUCCGUGAGUUCCCCCGAUUCCCAUAAUUCCGAUAGCUCCGUGGAGGUGAGUUCGGUGCGGGGCAAUCCCCUCCUUCACUUGGGUGGCAAAUCCAAUUCGGGUGGCUCGUCCAGCGGUGCCGAUGGCAGUCAGUCUGGCGGUGGAGUGGUGCCCGGAAGACCACCACAGAUGCGCAAGGACUUGUCGCCCUUCCUGCCGCUGCCGUUCCCGGGACUCACAUCCAUGCCCGUGAUGCCACCACCUGCGUUUCUGCCGCCCUCGCACCUCCUCUUCCCUGGCUACCAUCCCGCCUUGUACUCGCACCACCAGGGCUUGCUCAAACCCACGCCGGAGCAACAACAGGCAGCGGUGGCUGCGGCGGCGGUGCAACAUCUCUUCAAUUCGAGUGGUGCAGCUCAGCGUUUCGCACCGGGUACUUCACCAUUUGCCAACCACCAACAGCAGCAGCACCACCACAAGGAAGAGGAGCAGCAAGCACCACCCAGAAGUCCAAGUAACCACGCAAGCAACAACAACCAUCUCUUAACGAACGGUGGUGCAGCCGACGAGCUAACCAAACGCUUCUAUUUGGAUGCCGUGCUAAAAUCGCAGCAGCAAAGUCCUCCGCCGACCACAAAACUACCGCCACACUCCAAACAGGAUUACUCAAUAUCAGCGCUGGUCACACCAAACUCGGAGAGUGGCAGGGAAAGGGUUAAAAGCAGGCAGAGCAAUGGCCAAAAUGAAGAUGACGACGAGGUGAGAGUGGAGGGGAAUGUUGAUGGUGCCGAGGAGGACGAGGAGGAGGAGGAUCUGGUUGUUUCCAUGACGCCACCGCACUCACCCGCUCAACAGGAAGCGGAAACGCCAGCUGAAAACGAUCCGAAUCCCAGUCCCGGCCAAGAUGAUCCCAUUGAUCUGAGCAUGAAAACCACUGGAAGUUCCCUAGGCAGCUCGAAGAGUAGUACCCCCGAAAUCGAGGCAGAACCCGAGAUCUCCAGCGAUACAGAGAAAAACGAAACCGAAGACGAUGACGAGGAUCUGAAAGUAACGCCAGAGGAUGAGACUUCUGAAAAAGAGACAGAGGAACAAGCGGCGGAGGAGGAGGAGGAGGAGGACAACAGCACCACGGAGACAGUGAAGACCAGCAUUGAGAAGAGCCACAACAACAACAACAGUAUCAGCAACAACAAUAACAAUAAUAAUAAUAAUAGUAUCCUAAGCGACAGCGAGGCCAGUGAAACGAUCAAACGAAAACUGGACGAGCUGAUCGAAGCCUCGAGUGAAAACGGCAAGCGUCUGAGGUUGGAAGCCCCCGUAAAAGUGGCCACCUCGAAUGCCUUGGAUCUAACCACUAAGGUCUGAGAAUCUGAAAUUAGAAAAAAUCUGAAAAAUCUCAAUACGAAAUGACAGUUAUCAGCCACUGGAGAUCGAUCGAGGCAAUAGAAAAUUAGCCCCCGCUAAGACAUCACCAAAAACAAAAAAAAAAAAACUAAAUAAACAUGUAGAAAACAAUAAACGCAUGUGAGUUAUAUAAAUAAUACGAAACAUGAAACGGACUCUUUGCGGGCAGAAAAAUUUGACUCUGAUUAACAAGCGCUAAAUACGAGUUCGUGCCGUUUUGGUAAGAUGUUAUCACAUCGUUUAAAACAACUAACCAAAUUGCCAAAAUAUGCAAAAGUCGAGCGGCCCCCGAGGCGGGAUUUGCAUAUUGGGACCGAAAAGUAUAACACAAAUGUUAUCUUUAGAUAAUUUAUGCAGUGAAUUAUAAACAAAUUUUUCGGUUGCCCACAAAGCGGCAAGAAUACAAGUUCGGAAAUCUGAAGAUAACACAAAUCUAAAUAAAAGAAAAGCUAAACAAAUGAUAAAAGAGUAGAAACUGUAGCAAAAUAUGCAAAAAGGGCAGCUUAUCUGUAUCGCGUAUGCAUAAUAUCGUAGUGGAAUUUGUAAUCUCUAAGUUUCGUUUUCUUCUAAGCUAUAAACCAUAUAUUAUUAAAUGACUAGCUACUACUUAGACGUUUCCAAGCCCCCCCAAGAGUAUUUGUUAGUUUAAAAAACAUAAAACGUUCUAUAGAAAUACCGCUGGUAGACAAAUUUUGUGUAAUUUUACUCGUUUCGAUGUUCGCUCGAGUUAUUAGUCACAAUUAGCAAAUUUUUAAUGUACGAAAAACCAUGCAUGUAAAUGUAAAAGCAAAGCGCACAAAGUUGUAUAGCAAAUAGCAUAAAUUAUUAAUUUUAAACGUUGCAUAAGUAUUUUUCCUUUUCGUGUGAUGAUUUGGUAUGCAAAUCGGCCGAAAUGAUGAUCAAGAAAAUUAUUAUCGCUGUCACCAGAAAUAAAUUCGAAUAAAUAUUUAGAUGAA